AGACUCACAGCAAGAAGACGGGCUGCUGUAGACCUUUUCUCAUUGAGUCAGUCAGUCAGUCAGUCAGUUUGCCGCAGCAACGCGGCCUGUACGAACGUGUGCAUACGCGUCUUGUUGACUUAACAUCGUGUGAUCGUACGGCUGCAUUAUCGACAGAGCUGGCAGAAAGCUACAGCGAGACAUCGGCGAAAUUGGUCGUCGGUCAACCGGUCGUUGGUCGUUCCCUUGAUCGCGAGAUCUGAUCCCCAUUGAAGCUUCGCAUACGUGUCUCUCUGGGUUGUGUCAGCUCAUUAAAUUGCGUGCGUGAGAACGUGCUCGUUCGUCUCGAGUUUCGCCGUGAAAUCCCAAAUUUCACGCGUCAAAUCGUGGCGUGUUCCGUCGGGCUGCACACACCAAGACACACGAGUGUCACAUACACCAACGAAUAGCUUACGCUUACAAAGAAUCAUACAGAAAGAGAAAGAUUUACAUAGCCACAAGGGGGCUAGUCAUAAACCGUGCAACACCUGGCGGCACGUCGUUAAUUAUGCAGUGGGCCGCAGCCGCCCUGGCCUCGGCGGCGAUCGCUCUGCUCCUGGACACGGCGGCCGCGAGAAAUCACCAUCGAUCCGGCAAUGGGCACAAACCAACCGGUGACAUCUCCCUAUGGAUCGACCAGCAACAGAUCAAAAUGUUCAGCGGGGUUGAAAUGGAGAUAUUCGCGAUUACGGAGGGUAGGGUCUUGCCUUAUCUAUUGGAUCCAGAAUUCGAAAGCAAAUUACCGAUUAUUCCGAGCGAAGUAACGUACGUGAAUUUUACAUGGAAGUCUGGUGUAAAGAAAUAUUACUAUAAUUUUUAUCGAUUAAAAUCGUUCGACGAGACGAUCCUGAAAACACCAUAUAUCACGAUCAAAACGCAAGGAAGAGUACCCAAGAGACCUAAGGAAUUCAGCGUCCUAUUACCAUGUUCCGGUAAUAAUUCGGGCAUUGCGCAAUUAGGCAUCGGUUUGAUGAUUGAAAGUCGUAAGGGAAAACCUUUAAACGGAACACCCCUUCGCCUUAACCUGAGAAAAGAAUGCGCCGUGCGCGAACCUAAUCCUGGACCUUGUCCAGAUGGAUAUUUAGGCCCACCUCAUUGUAAAAAGGCAUUGUGCUAUCCAAACUGUAUGAAUGGUGGCAAUUGUACAGCACCUGGUGUUUGUUCGUGUCCACCAGGUUUUCAAGGACCAUAUUGUGAAGGAGGUAUAUGUGCAGAAAAAUGUUUAAAUGGUGGGAAAUGUAUACAAAAAGAUACUUGCGAAUGUCCAAAAGGAUAUUUUGGAUUACGUUGUGAAUUUUCAAAGUGCGUAAUUCCUUGUUUAAAUGGAGGAAAAUGUAAAGGGAACAAUGUGUGCAGAUGUCCUACUGGCUUCAAAGGAGAUCAUUGUGAAAUUGGUAGAAGAUCUCCGCAACGCUCAGCCUGCACAAGAGCAUGCAGAAAUGGAACGUGUCAACCUGAUAAUACGUGUCUUUGUGAGCCUGGUUGGUUUGGAAAACUGUGCAAUAAAAACAAGCCAUGGGCUUGAAAGUAAAAACAUAUUUUUCACUGGUGGUAUUGGUCUGUAGCCAAUUGGAUGCAACAAGAUUUCUUAUUUAACAUAAAAUUACAAAAUGUCUUGAAUUCUAUUUAGACUGUAUUCCUUCAUGAGUUUAAGACAUCUUUUACUUCAAACCUCGCAUUUAGUUUAACAAUCUUUAUACUUAAGACAAUACUAGAUAUGUAUUCAGAAAAUUAUGAAUCAUUAAUUUUAUAAAGUAUUACUAUGUGAAUUUAAUAACAGUAUAUAUAUAUAUAUAUGUAUAUAUAUAUUAUAUAUAUAUUUUUUUUUAAAUCCAAUUGGUUGAUACCACUAAACUAACAUGUAUAAUUAGUAAUUUACCCCACCCCAGAUGUGAUAUGUAAAGCUGCUUUACAACAUUUUAUACUAUUAAAUAUUAUUUUUAAAUAAUAUACUUUUAUAUUGUUAGAUUUAUUAUAAUGAUUGUAAAAAAAAUAAAAUAAAAUAUAUUUUCUUUCUUGUAAUUGGUACUUUUCCUUGUUGAUUUCGUAAGAUUACAUGUUGUCUCUCUAAAUUACCUUCGUAUUUAAGAUUCGAACUUUAUAUCUCGAUAACAAUUUACAACAAUUUCUCAUUACGAAAAUGUAAGACAAGAAUAUCGCUAUAAAGACAAUAAAAUAGAAAGAGGAAUUGCAUACCCAAGAUAAAGUCUUUCGAAUAGAAAACGUCAAAACAACAAACGAUUGUUUCUUGCC